GUUUCUGAAAUAGCUCUGCAGACCUCUUAUUGAUGACGUGGGCCGUUUACGUCCAGGUUGAUACAGAAUGGCUGACGAGAACAGGCAAACCAAACUAGCAGCUGCAAAGAAAAAGCUAAAGGAGUAUCAGCAGAAAACCACCCCAUUAUCAAAUGCAGGGAUCAAGAAAAAGAGGAAGGUGCGAGACGAGAGCCGUCCAGACACCCCCUCCAAUGACAGACACUCUCCUGAUAACAUUCAGAACAUUCUGAAGGUGUUGGUGUCUGAUCUCUGUCUCUCUAAUGGGGUAACACUACCUCCAUUGGAUGAAGGCCAGGCCUACACUGAUGGUGAAGUGGACAGCCCCCCCAGUGGACAGCUGGCUAAGGACAUGCCUGCUGUGUUGAUUCACUCUUCCAUUGUGUCUAACAGCAGCAGCAGCACUAGUGCUACUAACUCUGAGUGUGUAACCUCGUUGCUUCACAGUGAACUCACCUUGCAGAACCCCAGUGCAAACUGCAAUGAAAACUUUCAGGAUGAAAGCAGGCCUCCUGUCUCAUCCACGGAAAGCCUGCGGCAGCUCUCCCAGCAGCUGAAUGGCCUGCUGUCUGAAUCAUCUUCAUCCUAUGUCAACGGGGAUAGUGCAAUAACUGCCAAUGAAAAGGCGCUGGAGACACGAAACCAGGAGCUGGCAGCUGCCCUAGACUCCAGCAAUCUAACAAACACACAACUCAGUACAAAGAUAAAUGAACUGAAGCAGCAAUCCCAGGAACUCACAGACCAAAUGCAGAAGGCACAUAAGGAAUUUGAACAGAAGUUCUUAAAAGAGCAGGGAGCUAUGCGUGAGCAGCUGCAGGUUCAUAUCCAGACGAUUGGAAUCCUGGUGUCUGAGAAAUCAGAGCUACAAACAGCACUUUCCCACACACAGCAGGCUGCAAGGCAGAAAGCAGUGGAGGCAGAGGAACUUGGCAACAGGCUUCAGUCGACCAGACAACGAAUGGGAGAGCUGGAAAGAACCCUGUCCUCUGUGUCCACGCAGCAGAAACAGUUUGAAAAGCAUAAUAAAGAACUGGAAAAGGAACGGGACAGCCUUAAGCUUGAAGUUUACAGAUUGAAUAAAGUGAGCGAGGAUGUUAAACAGGAGAGUUCAGAGCUGUCAGAGCAGCUGCGAUUGAGAGUGAGUGAAAACUCUGCCAUGAAACUGGACAUUGAGGACUUGCGCAAAAAGCUGGAGAUGGCUGAUCUCAUGAUCCAGCAGUUCUCUAACCAGUCAGGACCUACAGAUGCCAACCAUCAACUUCAUAUGGUGAUGGAGGAGAAGCUGAAGCUUGAGGCACAGCUGGGACAGGUGAUGGAAUCCAUACAGCAGCUUAAAGCAGAGAGAGAUCAGUAUGCAGCACAGCUAAAAGAGGGGGGUAACACCUGGAAGGAGAGGGUGGAGCAGCUGGUUGGUCAGGUGAACAUACUUUCAGAGGAGAGGGAGAAGAGCCUGGUCAAGACCCAAGAGCUAGAAGCUUUAGUUACAGAGUUGCAGAACACCCCUGCCCAGGUGUCCCAAGAGAGUGUGCCCCAGGCUGCCCCUCAACCCGAGGGACCUACUGAGAGUGAGUCUGCUCUGCAGGAGGCUGUGAACUUACUGCAGCAGGAGAAGGAAGCCAUUGGCAACCAACUCCGUGCCCAGGUACGAGACAACGAGCAGCUGAGCCGACUGUGUCAGGAGAAGGAGGAGCACAUGCUGGAGCUGGAAUGCAUGGUUCAGCGCUUCAAUGACAGCUCAGUGGACCAUCAGCAGAUCCUGGAGGACAUGCAGAGCGACAAGGCCACCAUCAGUCGGGCCCUGGCACAGAACAGAGAGCUCAAAGAGCAGCUAGCGGAGUUGCAAAAUGGAUUUGUCAAACUGACCAAUGAGAACAUGGAGCUGGCCAGUGGGCUGCAGUCGGAGCAGCAUGUCAAGAAGGAAAUGGCCAAGAAGAUGGGGCAGCUGCAGGAGGAUCUGCACCAAGUGAAGGAACAGAUGGAAGUCAAAGUGCAGGAGGCCACAACUCUCCUGGAGCAGAGGGAUCAGUACUUAACACACCUGCAGCAGUACACAGCCGCAUACCAGCAGAUGGUAGUUGAGAGAGAGGAAUUGCACAAACAGUACCUGCUUCAGACACAGCUGAUGGACCGGCUGCAGCAUGAAGAAGUCCAGGGCAAGGUGCAGCUGCAGGUCACCCAGAAAGAGCUGAAUCAGGCCAAGGAGAACCUGAGCCAAUUGUUUAAAGAGAAUGAGGAAUUGAAAGCAGAGGUCCAAGAACUACAUGCAAAUACAGAGCUCAGCACAUUGCCAAGAGAUCAAGGUGAUGGUGUUGAGAGUAAAGCUUUACCUGAAGGAUUUGAGAAAAUGCCUAUUGCAAUCCCCGAAGACUUCGAGAGCAAGGAAGAAAUGGCUGCCUUCCUGAAGUCUGCCCUGUCUCGGCUGGAGAAUGAGAGAGAUGAAAUAAGCCAACAGUAUGGUGAGCUGAAACGGCAGCACCAGGCUGUCAUCCAGCAGAUGACAUCGCUAAGGAGCGAGCAUCAGCAUCACACUAUAGCCUCUGCAGGCUCAGGUGUGGAUGGAGUUCCAGUGGAGGUACAUGAAGCACUGAGAGCAGCAAUGGAAAAACUGCAGUCUCGAUUCACAGCGCUGAUGCAGGAGAAGGUAGACCUGAAGGAGAGAGUGGAGGAGCUAGAGCAUCGCUGUAUACAGCUUUCAGGAGAAACAGACACAAUAGGGGAGUACAUCGCCCUGUAUCAGAAUCAGAGAGCCAUCAUGAAGCAGAGGAACACCGAGAAGGAGGAGUAUAUCAGUAUGCUGGCCAAGGACAAAGAAGAGAUGAAGGUGAAGCUUGGGGAGUUACAAGAUCUGGUGAUGCGGUUGGUUGGCGAGAGGAACGAAUGGUACAGCAAAUACGUCAGUUCAGUACAAAACCUGGAUGUGGUUGCCAGCAACGUAGAGCCCAGUGUCCCUGCUGAGAGGCGCAUCGAGCUAAAUGCCACUGACGGAGAAGAAAUGCCGGAAGUAAGUUUGUCAGAUGAGGUGGCUGGAGGCAAGUCGGAGCAGAGUGCAGCCCCCCAGGAGGGGAAGCCCGGACACCAGGAAGACAGGACUACCCGUCAGAUCAUGCAGCUGCUGCAGGAGAUCCAGAACCCUCAGGCCCGGCCCAGCUCCUUCUUCGGGGAGAACCCCUGCAUCCCCUUCUUCUACCGGGCUGAUGACAACGACGAGGUUAAAAUCACAAUCGUCUGAGCUGAAAAUGUCUGCAGUUUGCAUAGCAGUGGAGGAACCCAACAAACUCAAAUAACACUGCAGGCAACAACAAAAACAUGCUCACUGUUGUCUGAAUCCUUUCUGACUGUUUCAUAACUUGGGUGGUUUUGUUGUUUUACACCAAUGAAUUAUACCAUUUUCUGAUUUCUGCCAUUAAAGUUUUAGCUCUGUGCCAUCAGUUUUAAAGAAGCUUUUCAAGAAAAGGCAAAAAUUGCAGCUAUUCCCAGCAAGAUGAUAAACCUGAUUUAAAAUGUUUUUAUGUGCAGCGUUCUACAUUCUUCAGGAGACGUAAAAUAGAACAAAUAAGUUAUCAAAUUGUGCACAAUGGCAGUAUGAAAAGCGGUGUUCUCGGAAUAGGAAUCCUUAAAAAUGACCCCAAAACACUGCUAAGGCUUCCAUGUUUUACUAUAUUUUUUCUGCAGCUUGGUAUUGGUGAAUUGCAAAGUCAUGAACCCUCCGUUCUAUUCAAGCACUAUGUAUUUGGACUGGGAAAUUCAUAUCACUACAAACUACAGCUGGACUACAAUAGUCUCAGAAUAGGAACCAUAAACACUGGCUUAUGACUACUGUCAAUAUCUGCCUGUUGACAUGAUAGUUGUCCAGAAUUUAGAAUUAUAUCUUGCACAUUUAAAAACAUAAAUAAAUAAAUAAAUAUGCUGAUUACUGAAACUUAAACAUAAAUGACUGGGACCUGAAAUAGCAAAAUAACUAAGAUUGUCCUGCACGUAAUUCUGCAGGUUACUUCGGGGUUCAUUGGUUCCUUGCUUGCAGACAAAUUGACGUGUUAUUAGGAUAUAAGAAAUGCACUUUGUACUAAUGAAGAGGUCCACCAUAAAUAGUUUGUGUUUGAAAGAUUUAUUUAAAGGAUUGUUGAAUAAAAAGAAAGGUUGUAUAGCAAGAAUAUUUCCUUCUUGUUUUUUGUGUUUUAAAAAAAAUCUAGGGUAACAAACAUGAAACCUUUUAAAUUGUAAUAAACUUUUUGAUGGGGCAGGGUGCAUAAACUAUGAACUUGGGUGAGAAGAAUGACGACACUACAGGUCAGAGGUGGCUGGUGACAAGAAAGAUUCAAUUUUGAACAAUGAGGAGACUGUGGGCAGCACACUUUGCUCUUGUUUUAUUCAUUGAUGUAAUGAAUUAUGAACUCUAAUGAAGAAAUUUGAGUGUUUUAAUAUGGCAUUUAAAGAUGGGAUUACCCAGAUGAAUACUCAGAUUUUGUAUGAUUUAUGAGUAGAAUCAAUUGUCACUGGUCUUACACUGGUCACUGGUCAAGGCAAUCUUAAAAGAGGUACAGCAUUUUAUUUAAAAGCCUUUGUUGCCUAUACUGUUUUAAAUACUACACUAUUUAAAAGUAUGAUCACAUUUUUGGUACCUCUUUUAAAAAAUAUGUACUGUGUGGAUAUCGAAAUCAUUUAAACUUUAGAAUUCACGAUUUCGGUAGUGUUUGAGAAAAGUCUAAAGAAAAGUGAUGCAAGUGUAGUGAAAAAGAAAAUGUAACUUCUGUUCUGACAAUGCAGAUCUUGUGUCAGGUAUUGGGUAAGAUUUAAUUUACCCAGUACUUGACUUCAACAGCAGACGAUGAAGAGAGUAACAGAUAAUGGGGGUUGGCGUAGCACUCAGUGCUGCUUUACUGUGUCAUCUGAGUCAUCUUCCAGAUUAUCUUUAUUUUAUAGACUCUCAGUUACUCCAAACAAGACUGUAUUUUGCAAUAUAAAAAAUUAUGGGUUCUCCAGCCUCUGAUCUUAGGGUGCGAUUAAGGAAAUGGGUUUAAACCUUGUUUCCACAAGGCACCCAGUAUUCCUGUAAUGCUCCCAACUGCAAUUAAUUUUUUGGUGGCUGAAAAGAUUUAAGGUGCCAUCACAAAAUUCAAAUGGACUAAAUUGUUUGAGGGUCUAAGAUUUGAGACCUCUGUUCCAAAACUUAGGAAUUUAACUGGCUGUAUUAAAUACAUGUGUGUAAGAAGUGAUGCAACUGGAUCCUUGCCCUAGUUCUGUUAUUAAAAUGAUUGGGAAAGGAUGUCUUCUCUAAAGAAUUCUGUAAAUACUGUAUCUGUGUAACAUAUUGUAUAUUCAUUGAGUAGUAGUAAAAAAAAAAAAAAAAAAAAAAAAGUUUGCAUCCUUUCCUGCUGCUGUGGCAUUACUUACUUGUAAAUCUAAUGAUAGGUGGGUGGGGAUGUGAUUUAAUAUUGAGGGUUACUCAUAUUUAUUUGCAAUAAAUAUACGCAUCAGUUUUAAAAGAAUGUGAAGAGAAACGCAAUAAUAUGGAAAAAGCAAUUGUCUGCUGUAUUUCUGAAGUGAUUAAUCCUGUUUAGAGUUAAUUUUCUGAAUAAAACUGAUCCAGCAAAUCUGUUAAAUCUGAGGUGU